CGAGCGCGAGAGAAGGCGGCUCGCGGUUCUCAAGGGCCUGGAGAAAGCCGUCAGAGAGGUCAAUCCGUGUAAGUGCUCCCGUUCUUUACGCCUCGGUGCUGAGGCGUCAGAUGGGAUUGGGGUCAGAUGGGACAGGAUGGAUGAAAGAGAAAAAGGGGGUGGUGCGGAUGUUGUUGCUAACUGCUGCCGCAGAUCUCUACCAUCUUUACCGUGAUUACACGUUCUUUGAGUACCAAGUGGUGCUGACGAGGGACGACGAGGAGGCGGGCAUUCAGGGGGAACGCUACGUCCUUACGCUCCACGAAUCCAACAACCCCAAGCCGCACCUCUACUGGUUUGUCGCGCGGUUCUACAAGAAGAAAGGCGACCCGCAGCCCAAGGUGCACCGGCCGAGCCACGCGCCCGGCAUCUUCGCUCGCGAGUUCGCCCUGUUCGAAUCCUUCUUCCAAAUCAAGACCGGCAUCCCCUGGGAGCAGCGUCUCAUCAAGGCCGGGACGACCAGCAAGAGCUUCUUCCAGUACCAGCCGCCGGUGAGUCUUCAAUGAAUGCAGGGACAAAAAAAACCGGCAAGCAUUAGAGACAUUGACAUCCCUGUGUCCAGACGGGCGGCAAGCCAGUCGGCUGGGUCCCGAAGCAGUACCUCCCAGCCGAGGUGCCCAACAGCGCCGCCACCAAGCCCGACGUGCCUCCUCAGGUCCCAGCUGACAACAAGAACAGCACCGAAACGAGCAACCUCGAGAGCGCGAGCCAAACACCGAAAGCCCGGCAAAUCUGCGACUCCCAUCCCCAGCAGCUAGUGACCCCGGCGCCAUCGCCCCAGGCUGACCUCGCCAUCACGGUUAGUCCGGCUUCAGAGCAGACAGGCGGGCCGCCGGGCAGUCAUCACCGCCGGGCCGCGCCGGGAGCUGACAUUCGGGCCGUCGUCUCUGACUCGCAGGCCGGCGACCGGGCGCUCGUUAUGAUCGAUCUCACGGAUGCCGACUGAGCUGUGUGUGUGUGUGUGUGUGUGUUGCAGAUGG